AUGUGGCUCCCGCUGCCACCGACCGACAGCCUGACACGGCCGCGCCUCGCCGUUGCCGUCUUCUCUGCCGUCGCAGCGGCUUCUCUCGGCUACUAUACCUACCGCGCCAGCAGAGACCAGUACGACCAUGUCACCGGCCCCGGCCUGCACCGAAGCAAUGCCGUCCGCCGCGCCCACAGACGGUCGCGCCCCAACUCCAUAUCCUCCGAGGGCACCCAUGCCGACGAGAACCUCGACCUCGACGCCAUGCGUCCGGUGAACGAUACCGACACGAUAGUCGAUGGCGGCACCGUCGACGAGUGGUGGAACGAUCCCAACAGCAUGCAGCCCCAAGCUCGAGCCGGCCACAACAUCGUCAGCCUCUUGUUUAGGGUCUCGGAGGACAACGCUCGGCGGAACGCCUGCGUGCACAGGGGCUGCGCCUGUAACGCCUGCGGCAUGGUUCCCAUCCGCGGCGUCCGCUACCGCUGUGCUAACUGCGCCGACUUCGAUCUCUGCGAGACGUGCGAAUCCCAGGGCGUCCACAUCAAGACGCAUAUCUUUUAUAAGAUCAAGGUCCCCGCCCCGCCUUUUGGCCCCCGGCAGAUGCAGCCCGUCUGGUACACCGGUGAUCCCGAUACUUGCUACAGGAACCUCAACCGGGGUUUGAUGGCGAGGCUCAGCAAGGAGACCGGGUUCGAGAGGCCCGAGAUCGAGGCCUUCUGGGAGCAGUUCACCUUCAUGGCCAACACGGAAUGGCGCGAGGACCCCGACGAGCUGCAGCUGGCCAUGGACAAGAAGACAUUCGAGCGCUGUCUCGUUCCCUCUGGCGGCUCGCGACACGCAACCCCAAACCUCAUUCAUGACCGUAUGUUCUCCUUUUACGACACCAACAACGACGACCUUAUCGGAUUCACCGAGUUUCUGCACGGCCUGGCCUACCGUAAGCGUAAGGACAAGCUACGCAAGAUUUUUGAAGGCUACGAUAUCGACGGUGACGGCUUCGUCAACCGCCGCGACUUCUUGCGCAUGUUCCGUGCCUACUAUGUCCUCUACAAACAGAUGCACCGCGAUAUUCUCGACGGCCUCGACGACCAGCUAAUGGGAAGCACUGAAGCGCAACAGCUUGUCGCCAGCAGACAACCCCUCAGCAGUCUCUUUGGCCGCGAGGGCAGAGUACCCCGCGCCCAUGCCAACCAUCGCAGCGAGGGCAAGAUCUUUCACCCCAACGGCGACGUCGAGCUGGAGCCGGAGAGGAACGGGGUCGUGAGUGAGGACAGGGGCGACACCUCAGGGAGGGAAGACGUGCUGACCAGGCUUUUUGCCCCCUACAUCGGCAGCCCGUGGUCUGUACAUAUGCGGUCCCCCGACAGCGAGCCGGACACGCCGUACUGGGACGCUUUGCUGAAUCCGCCCACGAGCAUUGACGACCUUCCAGACUUGCUCACCGGACAACGUCGCGAGCGUAACGAGAUCGAGUUCGACUUUGAACUCGAACUCGGCAGCUCCGAUGGGGAGGAUGGGGGAAAUAACAAUUCGGACGCUGAAAACAGAAGCCAGACUGGCGACAUCCCGGCACAAACCAACGGUUCCGAGGGCCAGGACCAGAGAGUCGACGCUGACCAGUUUACAAACGCGAUUCCCACUGAAAGCCAGCUCAGAGCUCAAGUCAUCAACCAUAAGAGGCAGAUGGCCCCGGAUAUCGAGAGGAGGCGGCGACAGGCCGCCAGGAAGCAACUGCACGACAGGUGGAAGAGAAGACAGUUCUACCUCGACGAGGAGGAAGGCGGCCUUGCCCCUGAUGGCUGGCACUCCGACGAGGAUGUCCUGCUCAACCUCAACGGCGUCGCUGAGAGCUCCAAGGCAGCGCAGCAGCAGACCAUGCCUUCGCGAUCCAGGUCAUCGUCAAAAGUUCGCUUCGCCGAGGACAUGGACGACUACGAAAUCAGAUCCAAUCUCUCGACGUCGUCUAGGAACGUGCCCGAGCGUUGGGGCGGCCUGGGGAUUCCCGAAGAGGAGCGAGACGCCGGCAAGGAGAUUCUCUACCAGGUCACGCAGCAGGCAUUCAACGAGCUUCUCGACGCCAUAUUCAAGGACAAGGAGGACUUGGCCGUCAAGGCGGCCGCGACCAAGACCAAGCGAGACAAGCACAGGGCCCUGUUUGAGCACCUGACUGUUGACCAGCCCAAGCCCAAGGUUGUCGAGCCGCGACAGCCGAGGAAGGCCAUUGAUGAGAACAAGCCGAUUGCCGAAAGAUCUCUGGAGGAACUCUUGUUGACUAGCGGUUACAGGGUUGAUGAAUUCGGGUAUAGAAUUGACGAGUCCGGGCAGAGAAUGGACGAGCCUAAUGCGGAAGACCGACAGAGGAUCGAAGAGGUCUUAGACGAUGACGAGGAGCAGGAGAAGGAGGAGGUUGUUGCAAAUGGGGAUGAUGACAUUAAAGACGAGGCGGAUGAGCAAGACAUCGACGACACGAAUCUGGUCGAGACCGCCGAAUACCGUGACCCAACCAUGCCUCAGUUCCGUCCCAACAGCGAGGCCAGUCCUAUCUUACCAGCUCUUACGUCGGCCUCUGCGUCCUCGUCGUCGAGCAGGCGCUCCCAAUCGCCUACAAAAAAGAAGUCUGCGGAAUCUUCAAAGGACGCGUCCAAGACCAUUCCGCAUUUUACACUCCUGGAGUGGAAACGGCUCGACCUGGCGGAGAAGGAGGCCGCUGACCGCGGCGGCUGGGGCAAGCUCAGCUUCGAAGAGUUUGAAGAGAUUUACAAGAACCAGGAGAACGCCGGGAACCGCCUCGACUACUUGGGCAGCUGGGUCGACUUUUGUAUCCCCUAG